CCCCACGUUUCUUAAAGUCAACCUCCAUACCUAGUAACCUUUUUGCCUGUGUGGGUGCGUCAUCCCAGCACCAGAACCGAACCCCGCGGAACCAACCUAACACCGACCUCCGUCCUGCGUCCAAAAAAUUUCGGCGACGCGCUGUACCACGAGAGUCAACCUCGAAGCCAUGAAGGUUGCGACAUCAAUUCGACCAGCAGCAACGCCGUGAGCUCAAAGUCUUUGCUCUAGCCACCGAUUUAUCACUGCGAUAUAACUUCGAGGAAGGUACCGUGCACGCAUUCGGCGCCGAGCCAGGACAAACACCCGACCACACCAAGAAAACAAUCACCGCAAGCUCCCAUGCGCCAAACCCCACGAUAGCUUCAUCGAAAAUCCUCCCAACUAACCCAAAAUGCUCUACGACCUCAACAUCCCGUGGUCCCCAACCACAUCCCCCGCCGACCUCGCCCGCACAAUCUCCUUCGCCUCCUCCCUAGGCUACACAGUCCUCGCCCUCAACCACACAAUAACGCCCCCGAUCCCCUCGCAAAUCACAAACCCGCUCCCAAAGUUCCCAUCACAGUCAACGACAACAGCAAUACCAUCACCACCAACAGGGACCACAUCACAACCCCCCCAACAACAACCUUCCAAACAACCAACAAUCCUCCACCGCGCAACAGUGACCCUCUCAGACCCCUCCCAAAACUACCGCCUCCCAACCCUCGCCCUAGCCUACGACAUCCUCGCCGUCCGUCCCACCACAGAAAAGGCCUUCCAGGCAGCCUGCCUCUCCAUGGCCGAGCCCUCCCUCAUCUCCCUCGACCUGACGCAGCACUUCCCCUUCCACUUCCGCCCGAAACCCCUCAUGGCCGCCGUCGCCCGCGGCGUCAAGUUCGAAGUCUGCUACGCCCAGGUCCUCGCUUCUUCGUCUUCCUCUUCUUCCGCCUCUGGUGGAGGCAUCGGCCCCCCGCCCGACGCGAGAGCCCGCGCGACCUUCAUCUCGAACUUUGCCUCCCUCGUCCGCGCGACAAAGGGCCGCGGUAUCGUCGUCUCCAGCGAGGCGCGCGGCGCGCUGGGGUUGAGGGCGCCCAACGACGUUGUCAACUUGCUCGCCGUGUGGGGGUUGGGCAGCGAAAGGGGCACCGAAGCGUUGGGCGUCAAUCCGCGCGGCGUCGUGGUCAACGAAGGGAUCAAGAGGAGCGGGUUCCGGGGCGUCGUGAACGUGCUCGAGGUCGGGGGGCGGGAGAGCGAUGUGAAGAAGAAUCAGCAGCAGCAGCAGCAGGGGAAGAAGGGCAAGAAGCAACAAGGCGGCGGCGCAGGUGGUGGUGGUGGUGACAAGGGCAAUGCGCAGAAGCGCAAGACGCCUGAUGAGGGUGGUGAUGGCGCGCAGCCUACGGUUAGCAAGAGGCAGGCCAAGAAGUUGCGGUUAGCUCUCAAGGAACAGGAAAAGGAGGCUUCAUAG